AUGGCUCCUAUAACUAUAAGAAAGCAUGAAUCGAGUAGUUCCAAACGCAAAAGAAUAAAGGAACGAGACAAAUUUAUUCAAAGUCAAUUAGGGGCUAUGGAUAAAUUUGUUUUCAAUAAAGGGAACGAAACACAAUAUUUAGGGGAUAUAGGGGUAGAUGUAGACAUUAAUGUUGGUGUAAUAGAAAAUGUGGAGCAAUCAAUGGAGACUCAAACACUUUCUAAGGAAGAUGUUGAUAUUGGCCUAGAAAAAAAUAUAGAGAAUCAAAUGGAGGAACCUUUUGAAGUAGAUAUUGAUGUUAAUGUAGAAGAAACUAUGGAGCCUGGUUCGGAAGGGAAUGAUGAUAUUCCCAACAUCUUUGAUCCUAAAAAUUGGGAUAAUCUUGCUCCUAAAUUGAUGGAUUUAUUGGUGAAAAAAAGUCCUCUAAGAGAUGUGUUGACAGGAAAAUGUCCGAAAAAUGGAUCAAAUAACAGGCGUUUAACAUCUGAAUUCUAUACUAUGCACUUAUCAAAUGGGCAGAAGCAUCAUCGAGAUUGGCUUGUGUAUUGUAAGGAUCUUGACAGAGUAUUUUGCUUCUGCUGUAAAGUCUUCAAGACCAAACGACAACUUUCUCAGUUAGCACAUGAUGGAAUAAGGGAUUGGGGGCACCUUUCUCACAGUUUGAUGCAACAUGAACGAAGUUCAGACCAUAUAACUUUAUACUUGAUUUGGGUUGAGUUACGUGAACGACUAGAAACUAAUCAAGUAAUAGAUAAAGUUUUGCAGGAUCAAAUCAAAUUAGAGACUGAACAUUGA